AUGUCGCUAACGAGAGUAUGGAUUGCAUCAUUACUCUUUUAUUUAUCAGUAUUUGUUAUUUGCGAAUUACUACGUCAUAUGAUCAAUCGUUGGCUCAAACGAAAUUUGCCACGUUUUGCUAUCGGUUUACUUCUUGAAUUCGUUGGUACUUUACAAGUUUGUACGCCCAUGUUUGAUGUUAAUUUAAUCUUGCAAACUUAUGGUUUAUUUGGGAUUUUUAUCGAAAUAACGGCAAUCGAAAUUGCUAACGGUUUUUUUCUCCGAGAUGCUAUCGCUCAUCCAUGCCCAUUGAUAACAACAGCCUCACGUAAACGUUUGGCAUUACGUACGGCAUUUUUGGUUUUUGCUGUACAACUUGUUGCAGCAUAUCUAUCAUAUUUCUUUGCUCGGACAUUCUGGAAACUUGGCCUUCAUCCUUUGCAUAAUGAAUUAUUGAUUGCAGAUCAUUGUGAAGCUGAUCUUACAGUAGCCUUGACAGCUGGUUCACUCAUCGAAGGUUUAGCCACUUUUAGCAGCAAAGCAGUCGAAUUCGUUGCAAACGAAUGGUACGCUGACUCGAGAACGCAAAUGCUCAUCAAUUGCAUGUUUGCCGGUUUCUUAACAACAGUUGGUAUAAAUUAUACGGGCAUGUAUGCUAAUCCAAUUGUUGCAUGGGCAUGUACAUUUAAUUGCACAGGUGUCACUCACCUUGGUCAUCUUGUAGUAUACUGGUUAUCACCAUUGAUUGGAUGGUUUUUAGCUGAUGCUGUAUUUGGUGAGCAAGAAUGUAUUGUCGAAUGUUUCACUGAAGAAAGAGAAGAAAGUAAUUUGAUGAAACUGAAAAAUUCUUAA